GAAUUGUUAGCGUCAUCGGCGGUAGAAUUGAGGGGAAAGGUCGCAGCCGUCAGGGGUAGUUUUAUUUACUGUGGACUGUGUCACCGUGUACCAGAUUUGUCAUUGUGAAGGUUCUAUCUUGGCAGCAGUGUGUUAUUGAAUCACCAUCAUGGCACUUCUCAGAGGCGUAUUUAUUGUAGCUGCUAAACGCACUCCAUUCGGUACCUAUGGUGGUGUGCUGAAGGAUCACAGUGCGACAGACCUGGCUGAGCAUGCAGCCAAAGCUGCCCUUGCUGCAGGAGGAGUGGCACCAGAGCUGAUAAACAGUGUCAUCUUGGGCAACGUCAUGCAGAGCUCAUCAGAUGCACCCUAUAUUGCUCGGCAUGUGGGUCUGAGGUGUGGUGUUCCUAUCCCAGUGCCUGCUCUCACUGUCAACAGACUGUGUGGAUCUGGUUUCCAGGCCAUCAUCAAUGGUGCACAGGAGAUUUGCCUGAAGGAGUCAGAGGUGGUUCUGUGUGGAGGCUCAGAGAGCAUGAGCCAAGCCCCGUAUGCCGUUCGCAACGUGCGAUUUGGUACAAAGUUUGGAUUCGAUCUCAAGUUAGAAGACACUUUAUGGGCUGGCCUGACUGACCUUCACAUUAAAAUCCCCAUGGGCAUCACAGCAGAAAACCUGGCAGAGAAAUACCAGAUCACUCGAGAAGACUGUGAUAACUAUGCAUUCCAGACGCAACAAAAGUGGAAGGCUGCUCAUGAGGCUGGGUACUUCACAGCUGAAAUUGCUCCAAUUGAUGUAAAAGCUAAGAAAGGCAAGGUGUCCAUGGCUCAGGACGAACACCCACGACCUCAGACCACAAUGGAACAGAUGGCAAAACUGCCCACUGUCUUCAAGAAGGGAGGAACCGUCACUGCGGCCAAUGCUUCAGGUGUAUCUGAUGGUGCUGCUGCAUUGGUGAUCGCAAGUGAAGACGCGGUGAAGGAGCACAAACUCACUCCAAUGAGCAGAAUCGUGUCCUAUCAUGUGUCUGGCUGUGACCCGAGCAUUAUGGGAAUUGGUCCAGUUCCAGCAGUCACAGAAGCUCUGAAAAAAGCUGGUCUGACUCUCAACGACAUGGAUCUGGUUGAGGUGAAUGAGGCGUUUGCCCCUCAGUACCUGGCUGUUGCUAAAGCUCUUGAAAUCGAUCCACGGAAAAGCAACGUUAAUGGCGGCGCUAUCGCCAUAGGACAUCCUCUCGCUGCUUCUGGAGCUCGGAUCACUGCUCACCUGGCUCAUGAGCUCAGGCGACGAGGAGGCAAGUACGCUGUCGGCUCUGCCUGCAUCGGAGGUGGUCAGGGCAUUGCCAUCGUCUUGGAAAAUUGCUGAUUGAGGAAACGGUAUCUGAGGAAUUUCUGUCAAAGGAUGUUCCACACACAUUUUCUCGACUUCAGUAAAAUGACACCCAUGUCACAUGUGCUGAUGAGUGGUUAAUGUUCUCCUCAGUGCUGCUGUUUCACUAUCACACAAACUAACAUUAUUUCUGACUUUUUUCAGUCUGUUUAUACAAAGUGCUACCUGAAUGUUUCAGGUCAUUGUUGCCUUGGAAAGCCUGUGAAAAUGCAAAGGUGUUUCUGAUCAAUGCACUAGAGUAAUGUACGAGUCUGUCGUCACAUGUCUGAAGUACAAAGGUAGUUCCUUGGUAACAUUAACCAAUGCAGCAUAUUAUUGCCAACUACUACUUUUUGGGCAGAGUAAGGUUUAAAGGAACUGUGAACUUUCAUGUUUGCCUUAAAAUGCUCUCUAUCACACCUUUAUCAGGAAUGAGUGCUGCACUAUAUGUUUGAUUUGUGAUGGCUUCAGCAAAAACUCAUUUUGUAUUUCUGUGUCAAAGAACCUCAGCCUUUUGUUAAAAGAAAUAAAGUUUUCAUCAGCAGCCCUUGAUAA